UCGAGGUUGAAAUUAGUGCUGUGCAGCUUGACUUCAGAACGGUCUGUCAAUCUGUCUUUCUUGUUUUAUGUUUCUUGUCUUGUUUCCUUGUCUUGUAUGAAGGCUGGAAACAGCCAUGCGUUAACCUACCAUUGAUUUAUGCUCUCCGCAAGCACAUAUUUCACGUGGUCUUUCAAAUAAGGAACCUUUUUUCCCACUUUAAGACAAUCGAGUUCGAUUUUUCAGCUCGUAUGCACAAACGAACAUUCGUGCUCGCGUUAAUUCUUUUACCGCUGAUGGCUUAAAAAUACCAAUUUCGUUUUGUGCUAGAGGUAGGCUAGCUGUACCUUUCUGUAUUUGACUGAAAUUGUUCUAUCCUUUCUGCAUAAGGAAUGGAAAUUUCCUUUCUCCAACACAGUAUACCAUACCAUCUACCUAUACACUUUGAAUUUUUAUACCAACCAUACAAAAUGAUGGCGUGUCCGUAACUUGCUUAUAAAUUCCCCCUCUGCUCCCGCUUCGCUCUUAAGGCUGCGUAUGUUUUCCUCAACCCACUUGAAGUGUAUGUAACAAGGUAAUGCUAGCCCUUGUUUCAAAACUAACCCAAUCCCCGCCGUGUUUGCCCCUAUCCUUCUCCUAUACACCAAGUCUUUAAUCUCAAAUUGCGCAAAGGCUUUUUACUUACAAUACAUCACAAAAUUAAGGUAGAAACCACUGCGCCUCGGGUAGCAGAAGAAUUAUCAAAAUUUCGGGCAUUACCGCAAAUAUCGCCAUGAGUUCCUGACAGUUUCAUUACCCCGAGGACAUUUAACGUUUUUAAUUCCACUCCUACAUGGAUACAUUGUCUUAGAUCAUAUUUAUAUCGUAUUCACUAAUACAGUAAUAUCCCUGGUGUGCUUGCUUCUUAUUUAAUCAGCUACGCGUGACAAUAUCUAUCUAUCAGUAGCCAAAAAUACUUGCAAUAGUCUUUGAAAAACGGCACCGUAGCAAUAGUGCUGUUCUGUAGUUCAAAGAACACGACCAGAUGUAUGCGAAAUUCGAUCAUGCACCAUGGAUUCAAAUUACAAUCGCAGGCUAGUUUCCGAAAUCUUGUUUCAACUGCCUUGAGGGACCAUUUAACAGGCUUCGAAGAGUAUAAAAUGUGACCCGAGAAGAAGCUAAUUUGAAUUUGAAGUAUGUCACAAUUUCUAGUUGCACCAUAUUCAAAUUGAUCAAGAAGAACGGACGUGCAAUUUGCAUAAUCCCCGUAUGAGCAAAUUACGAAAACAACAGUGGAAAUCAGAUCACCAACAACUGAAUAGAUAUUAUAACUGGAUUAUAACCCACUGAACAAUAACAACAAUGGACGCGUUUUGGCGGGGAGGGGGCAGGCCUCUUAUUAAGCGACAAACAAGUGUAGUCGACACCGAAAAUGAAUCUCAUGGAAACAAUAACAACAACAAUCGAAGCAGUUCGGCUUCUCGGGUUUCGAGUCGUAACAUCAACGAUUCGAUGUCGGCGAGUGACACUCCGAGAUCGCCAGAUAUUGUAAAUUUGGGCUCGGAACAUUCGGACGAGUCGUGUAAUGGAGACGUUUUGUCUGCUAAAAUGGGGGAAAGUGUGGAUAAUUUGUCGAUUGGGGGAGUGGGGUCUUCGAAUCGUCUAGGCAUCGACAGUGUGAGAGAGCCCAAUAGUUCAGCUAGCUCCGUGUCUGAUGACGCUGGAGGCGCCACCACGCCAUCUCAUCACCUUCCUCGGAUCAGACCCGAGGAGGCCGAGAAACACUUUGAGGCACUAGACACGAUUCUAUGUCCCCUCCUAUCCUCAUACAGUGCAAACGACUCACAAAUGUCCAAAUGCUCAAUUAGACGAAAGUUCUAUACACAGACCUACAUGCAUUACCCACAUAGUAUAUCUCUAGGAAAGAGUUACGGUGAUUUAGCCCGGGCUCUGAGGACCCGCGAGGUGAUCCAGUUGACCCGUGAUUACGUUAUGAGGAUAGGCCAAGUGCAGUCGUUUAUCUACACAUUGCAGAGAUUGGCAAUUGAAGAGCACUGUCUGUUGUUGCAGAAACGAAAAACCGGUCAGCGAGUUUCCGCGGACGACAGUCGUGUGGACUGUGUGGUGGCCAUCUGUGACGACAUGAGGGGUCACGUGGCCCACUGGACCAGUCUCACCAACAAACUACUCCUCUCACACUCCAUCAAGUGUUACAGAUGGCGUAUCCUACAGAAGCUACAGGGUGUACGGAAACAGUUGCACUACCACAUGCAAGUUGCUCUGUGGUGGUUGGCUCAUCUCAUCAACAGCUGCAUACACGUAUUUGCCAUCACUCCUUUCCAUCAGAUUCCAGACGCAAUUCUCUGGAACAUCACGAGAGGAGUGGAAGAGUUCGGAAUCAUUCUGGAUCUGGCCAAGUCCAGAGGCCUGUUGAAACAACUCCACGCUAUGGGCUGGUGCAAUCUGCCUAUAUUCAACCCUCAAACUAGCGAUUGUAGUUUGCCAAUUCUUUCUAUCACUAACAGACCGAGUCUUGCCAAGUUGCUGAACGAGAUAUCAAAGUCAAGGUCAACCCUGGUAGCUGAACUAGUUUAUGAAAUUUUCUCAUCUAACGACACUAUUGUCGAGCUAAUUAACUUGGAUAAACAGUCCGAUUACAAAUGGUCAUUGCUACAAGGAAAAACGGAAGGUGAUAAUAAUGAGGAUCUGAAAGAUGGUAUCACGAUUCAUUUAAUUCAGAAACACGUUUCUUCUUUGCUGCAAUAUGUUAACUUGGAGGAAAGUUUUGCUACACAAAUCCUAACUUCCCUGUCUACGAAUACAAACAUGUUGCGUAAAACUAAUUUGAGAGCGGGCGGCGCAGCAACAGGUGCGGGAGGCUACGUCUCACCUCGGAACUCUUCGGCCCAGGACGUCGUGGCGCAGUUGUCACGGCUCAAGAACCGUCGAAGUAGUGAAGCGUCGCAUUACUUUCAAGAAUCCUCGUUUUCAAUUGAUAUCUACAAGCCAAAACUGAAAAACGUCUCUAAUAAUCAAUCGUCAGAUAUCCCACAUACGUCAUCAGAACCAAAUGCCACUAAGCAACAUACACCUUUGAAGUCCUCGACUUCGGAAGUCCAUCAUAAUUCUUCUCAAAACGAGGGAACUUCGCCCGGAGGAUCGGCUCAAGUGUCGGCCCGAAAACCGAGAAAGAGUGUCAAAUGGAACGACUCGGCUACAUCGAGUACCGUGAACCACUUCAAGACUCGGUAUUUGAAUUUACUUUGGAUGCAUCUAAAGGAGACUUUGAGUCGUAAGUUCCGAGAGCCUAAUUGGACUACUGUAGAGUCGUCUCGUUUCUGCCUCGGUGAUGUCAGACUUCUCUCGACUACUGCAAUCAUGUUCGUGAGCAAGUCGCUGCACCAUCUAUCCAACGACGAUGGUUUCGGAGACCCCUUGCGGAAUGUUAUUCAACACAUAUCCAAGAGUAUUCACUGCAUCGCUGUCAAUAUCUUCACAGAGCAAGAAUUCAGAAGAAUGUUGGUAUCCACCCUGAGUGAUCGGUCUAUCUUGACGGGGCUGGGGACAGGAGACUCAGUGGCUCAGCUGGAAGAGGUCAGUUCCCCCACCAAACUGGUCAUCGGUGCCCUCAGAUCCAGUAUAUCUCUAGCUGAGUGCACGACGAGGGAGCAGAGUGCAGACACCGCUGACCUCACAGGCGUGAACGACAGUGGUAGAAUUGGGAUGUCUUUGUGGAACUGUCAGCUAUGUGUGAACUGCAGCAGCGUGUUGCCUGGUAACCUGGUCCAGUGCUGCACGCUCAUUGGCUCAUACUCUGCCUGGUUCUCCUCCCAAAUCAGCCAAUCAACCCUCAACUGGAACGUGCAAUCAUACAUCAAUCUUGCCCACAUUGACCUUAUUAUGGUGAAAGAGUUAGUGGCCCGGCACCUAAUCGCAAUCGAGACUCUGAUGAGCAGCCAGGGUUCGAAUAUUCCUCUCUCUUCUCCUAUCGGUAGCAACCCCAACAACCCCCGGCAGCACCACGCGUCCCCAUCCCUCCCCAACUCGCUCUCGCUCAUCCCCCUCCACAUCACGGCCACGCAGCUGAAACAGAUCCAACAAGGGUUGCAUUUGCUGACAGCGGAGUCUGAGAAGUUGUGGCUUGAACAGUGUGAAGUAGUUUGCAAAGCACACUGGCAGAAGAGUUUCCCAUUGCACAAAGUGUGGAAGACCAGAGGAUCAGGUGCAAUUGGGAGUACUAAACCUCAAGAGUAUGCCCAGAGGGCCAUAGUGAGUAUAGUGGAGCCAGUGGCCAGGGCAGCUGCCCCUCUGAGAGUGAACUCACAGGUGAGGAUUGUGGGGUCUGUGCUCAGGACUCUCUUCCACACCUGGAUGGACUACAUUCUACAGAAUAGAGUCCGAUUUACAGUUGUUGGCGCGUACCAGUUAAGUGUAGACUUCGAUUGUAUCCAAAAAUGGAUCAGCUGCAACUUCUGCCAAUUGGACCCAGAGACAGUUGCCCAGUUGGGCCUGCUGCACAUAUUCCGCGAGGCGUCAGCUGUGAUUGCCAUCCUGCAGGACGAGCAGCCGACAUCAUCAUCUAGCAUACCGCCGUCUUCUCCACAACGACAUUCCCAGAUUACAGACGUGAAAACAAAAAGCGCCAACUCGCUUCUUGACGUGAUAGAUCCGUCUCGAGAUCAGGUAGUUUCGGAUAAAGAAGGGCGAAACAGCAGUGGAACAGCCUCGGCGCCCAUUUUACGAGAGUGGGAUACGAACCGCAUUCCUUCACUCGACAAACGACGGAAACUUUUGUCGGGUUCCGAGUACUCAGAAGUGUCAGCCAAUCAGAAACCAGCAGUACCAUUCGGCAAUUUCUUCGCGACAAAUAGCGACGCUGAGAGCAGUUCGAAUUCAGUUUGCGGCGCUCGCAAAAAUUCGAGCUCACAUCAAAGUGAUAUUUCGUGCAGUUCGACGUCAGCCUUUCGGAUACCCGGCGACUCGGGUCGUUCGGGUUUUGUUCACGUGAACCGAGCCGACGAAUGGGAGUCAUUGAGAGCAGGGAGUUCGCUGUGUCCUAUGUCAUUUGGAAUAGUUCCUUUUCUAUGUACCGACACUGAAAAUUAGACGAUGAAUUAUUGUGAAUACCUUAAUUUGUUUUGAUUUGAGUUUGUAAAAAUAAUAU